AGAAAUUCAAAAAUAUAUCGAUAAGCUGGCGAUUUAAUAUGGAUAAGACUAGGGAUAAUAAGUCGAGCGCAACUAACACUUGUGGUCGCAUUUGGAUAUCCUCUGUAGUCUUCUUGAUAUCUUUUUUAGCCUUUUCAAUGCAGUUUUACUCUGUUUAUUACACUCUUCGUCAGCUUAUCAUACUCAAUCUAUUUGCAUUUCUAAUCUUUCUCAAUUACUACCUCUGUUUAUCAACUGAUCCAGGUGGCGUACCAACUUAUUACGAACCAAUAAGUCUUCGUGAUAAUGUCUUAGAAAUGAAGAGCAAUUCAGACAAUGCUCGUUUUUGUCGUUCUUGUCAAGUCUACAAACCACCAAGGGCACAUCAUUGUAGUCGUUCCAACAGGUGUAUACUACGAAUGGACCAUUAUUGUCCGUGGAUGAACAACUGCAUAGGGUUCUACAAUUAUGGUCACUUUAUCAGGUUUCUGAUAUUUGUUGACAUUGGCUGUUUGUUUCACUUCUACUUACUUACAAAAAGAGUUUUAAAUCCGAUACCCCCACCUGACAAUACCGAGACCCUCAUCAUCGUUCUCAACUAUAUCAGCUGCAUAUUUGUCCUGCUCGUCGUUGGCAGUUUCUCAGUUUAUCACAUCUACUCCACGGCAACAAAUACAACUACAAUUGAGUCAUGGGAGAAAGAUAAGGUUAACAAUCUUGUUAAUCGUGGUAAAAUACGUGAUAUAAAAUUCCCAUAUCGGUUAUCAGUAUACGAGAAUAUUUGCUCAGUCUUGGGUGAUCGCCCAAUAUUGUGGCUCCUUCCGCAGCGCAUGAAGGGAGAUGGUUUAUCAUUCACCGUCGCGGCAGAUACAGGCAAGUGGGUCGAUGUUCACUCGAGAGGAAGGAGCAUAAUUCGUGAACCGAAAUCUCGUAGGCGUAGACAUCAUAUAGCCCAUGCAGCCUUGCAUUUUGAGGACGGCAGCCCUGUUGAUACCAAUAUCAGUCCAGAUGAGCGCAAACGUGGCAGAAAAUUUGAGAAUGAGACACUCGAAUUUGAAAAACGUUUGCUUGAGCUGGCUUAAGAUGUAUGAGUACCGAAGUUUCUGGAUGCGACUAGGUAUUCUUAUGUUCAGCAUUAUUAUUCUUGUUCUAAUUAUUACGCUAAGCUAGCGCUAUAAUAAUAAAUCGCAUUGUCAUACUUUACAAUCCCACAGAUGCAUAGAUACAAUAUAUUAGCUCACAAUAAGUUGCCGUUACCCUUGCUUCCUUCCUCUCGUGACAUCUUUUACGUUUUAGAAUUGAUAUUAACAUUUUUCUAGAUCCAGAAGAAUGGCCUCCGCGGGAUAAGCAAUACGCGUAUAGUUAUGAUGAUGAGGACACUGAUGCACUACAAAGUAAGCCUGUGUUGGGUGACUCUCCUUGGACAUACCAAAACGGUCUUAAUCCGAAUCUUGCACCUACAAGAUCCAGACAGAGACACGUCAAAAAAGGUAAUGAAGGGUGGGAAGUGAGGCACACUAGUUCGCCAUAUGAUAUCGACAAUGAUUUCACCAACGAACGAUGGACUGAAGUUAACGGAAGAUUGUAUAAAGUAUACGACGAGGAGAAUGAAGAAGAGGAAGAUGAUUAUGGUUAUAGUGAUGAUUAAUUC